GAAAAUUAUUUCACAAAUACGCUGACAAGUUCCUUUACUUCUACUCCAAAACCCUAACCCUAAAACCCUCUCCAAACGUGCGAUACUUUUUGUUCAAUUGAUAUGUCGGGAAGAGGAGAAGAUAGUGAUUCCGAUGCCCCCGAAGAACUAACUACCUUACAGGGAAUUCAAAACGAUGAGGAGAUUAGAAAAGUUGAAAGAGAACAUAAGGCUAGAGUUGUUCGAGAAGGGAAGGAACGUCGUAGACAAUGGGCUCAAAAGUUAACUCCACGACCUACACAAAAUGAUGAAAGCAUUGAAGAUACAAAAGAACCUGACAAUGCGCAGGAGUCAAAGGACAAUAGAGGAAUGCUACCUGAUGAGAUUGUGAAAAUCCUUGCAGCUCGUGAGAAGAAAGUUUUCUCGUCAGACUCAGAGGAAGAACAUGAGAAGAAGCCUACCUGUAAAAAGAAAAGAUUCAAGAACUCUGGGUCUGGACCAGUUAUAUUGAAGGAUCUACCACCUCCUCCGUGCUUACAGAAUUCACUGGAAUUCUUAAAGAAACGCAAGAUGCAGGUAUCAAGAUCAUCAGCUGUUCUGAAUAAUUCCAGUCAAGCAUUACGGCUUCUAUCUACAUCUGGCUUGCUACGUACCAAAUGAUGGCUGAUGAUUUUGAAGAUUUUAGCUCGGGCAUUAGCUUAUGUUGUAUUGCUUGCUUGAAUGAGAAGUAUGCUCUGGUAAAGGUGUUAAAUGGCGAGCCUGGUUUUGGACACCGGAUGGGUAAACCAAAAAAAAGAAAUUAAACUUUGUAACAACUUUUUGAUGAUAUAUUGCAAAUUUUAUUGAUACUUGUGGGUAGGAACGGCUGAACUGUCAAUCUGCAAGAGUCUCAUCUCAUUCAAGUGUUGAAUCAUUAUGUGAUUGCACAAGAUUAUGAAUUGCUUCAUAAAAAUCAUGAUAUUCUUCUAAAUCUGUCAUACAAGCUUGC